UCUUAGUUACCACCCUGAGCCUUCCAGCUCGGCUGCCUCCUCGGCCUGAAGAUUCCCCGCCUCCUCCCGCCCCCUCCCCUUUUCCCAAAGAUCAGCGUUUUCUGGGAGAAACGCUCCGGAGUUGUUGAUGAAUGAGAAGAGGACUGGAAAGAUGGGUUGUUUUUUUUAAAGCCAUGAUGCAAUUUCUUUGGUAUUCACCGUUGCCCCAAAACUUGAAGCAAGCCUCGUAUCCAAGGGGCCAGGCAUGUUGCUCUGGGCUUUGUGCAAACAGGUGGAAUUGCGCUGUAUAGGAGAAAGCACCGCGGAUCUCCCUCUCACCCCAGGCUCGGGGCGCAGAAGAUGCAGAGAAGAUUCCACUCUCCCGGGAGCAGAUAGGGACCGUCGCGCCAGCCAAUCAGAGCGCGGCUCGGCGCGGGCGCUCCCGGCCGCCGGGGCCGCCGCGUCCUGCAGGCAAGCGAAGUUCCCGCAACUCGUCCGCCUCGAGGGUCCGCGUGUUUCUUGCGCCCGCGGCCCAGCGGAGGCCGGGGGAGCCGUCCAAACUUUAUUAAUCUCUCCUCCUUUCUUUCUCCCUCAGCCCAGUGCAUCUGAAAGCACUGGAAUCUGUGGAGCAGCGAGCCUGGCAAUUCCAAGAUACGCGAUGAUCUUCAAACAUUCCCGCGAGCCAGUCCUGAGGCUCUGGCUUUAGGGCCUAGUUUCCAUUUAUGCCGCGUUUUUGAGAGUCUAAUACUGUGUCUGGCACAUGGUAGGUGCUCAGUGAAUAGUCGUAGUAUGAAUGAAUGAAUGAAUGAAUGAAUGAAUGAAUGAAUAUAAGUUUAAUAGGGGAAACCCGGGCCUCCUAACAAAGGUAGGGACUGGGGGAUACCUAGGGGCUUCCCCAGGAGGAUUUCUUUUUUCAUCAUCCUACCCCUGGGAGAAAGGUCCAUGCAGGAUGGUCGCUUCCCCCUUGCUGAGAGUUUUGCCUUCAGCCUAUCUGGGCCGCUGGAAAAGAGGAGAAGAAUAAACAAGAGACAAGCAACUACUCCCCUACCGGCGUUCCAUCCUUGUCCUCACUGCCAAAUCCACUCCAAAGCCGAGGAUGGUGAGGCUGUGAAGUUGCAAAGAAACACAGAACCCACCCCCUUAAAGAAUUAGUAUAUAUUUAAAGUUUGCCUCUUUCAGGUUUCUCCCCUUGGCUCCUGCCCCUUUCCCCUCCCGGCUCCUUGUCCUUGACUGAACCUCAUGGGACAGAAAACCUCCUGUCCCCCGCGAGGCAAGGCGAGAACCCGCAGAGAUCUGGGAUGCCCUUUGGUUCCCUGCACUGCCCUGGAGGCGUCCAUAGAGGCCUUUGCCGCCAAGGACAGCAAUUGUUUUAUUUUCGAUGGUUGCUCGCCAGGCCUGCGGGUCGCGGGCCCACCCGCCGUCGAACUUUCUAGUCGUUAUCAGCGCUGCUCCUAACUUAAUAGAAUAAUGUAAAUUAUAGCCUGCCCAGCUGACACGUCCCUGCGAAUGCGCCGGGGCUGAGCUCUGGCCAGCCGCUCUCUCGACCUCCUGGACGGCCGGCGGGAAUGAAGCUCUGAAUUGUGACAAAAGUGGGGGGGGGCACCCCAAAUUCUCAAAGCAAUGUUCUUUUUUUUUCUUUUUUCUUAAGCAACUGAGCCUUACCAAGUGUCGGGGCCGCACGGAAGCCUUGCAUAUUUUAAAGUGUAACCUGAGCCUUCGCGGUUUCAGCUUCACCAUGCAAAUUCUUGAAAUUGAAAAAUCUGAAAAACUUCCAAAGAGUUCUAUCUGAAUAAAUCCAUUGGGAGUCGCUUUGAGGAAACAAAACGCACAGCGAUUUGGGGUGAGGGAUAUUUGUGGGGAGGCAGGACCUGCUGGAUUGGGUUUCCAGGGUCAAGGUGU